GAACUCAUUUCAUUUUUUCCCCAAAGAUUUUCGCGUUAUAAAUGGCGAAUAAAGUUACGCUGAUCACUGGGUGUUCUUCGGGCAUCGGUCUUAAUCUGGCAGUCAAACUUGGUAAGGACGCAGCGAGAAAAUAUUUGGUUUAUGCUACCAUGAGAUACGUUAGAAAACGGGAAUCCCUCCAGGCUGCUGCAGGUGACGCCCUCAACGAUACAUUAUUUAUUCGUCCACUCGACGUCGUCAAAGAUGACUCUGUAACUAAUGCUGUCAACGAAAUCAUCGACACACAUGGUCGUAUCGACUUACUCAUUAACAAUGCAGGUAUCGCAACCGUUAAGCCCAUCGAGUAUUCAUCACUACCUGAGGUUCGGGAAAUCUUCGAGACAAACUUCUUUGGGGUUGUUCGGAUGAUACAGGCAGUUCUCCCUCACAUGAAGGAACGACGUUCAGGACAUAUCGUCAAUGUCAGCUCCAUUACAGGUGUCUUAGGAUUUCCGUUCUACGAUACCUACUGUGCAUCGAAGCAUGCAAUGGAAGGGCUCACUGAAGCGUUAGCCAUUAGAAUGAAGCCCUUCGAUGUAAACAUAUCGAGCGUAGUUACUGGCCCAGUGUUGGAAACAAACAUAAAUAGAAAUAUAAUUGAAGGGAAUCGACUACCGUCAGAAUUCAAGCUUGACCAGCUCACACGAGACCAAUUCAAUAUUAUGAAAACACACUCGCGAGAUCAAUUUGAAAACAUGGCCGUGACUGUGCAUGACGUGUGUAACGCCAUCCAAGAUGCAAUUGAGACGGAUCACCCCUACAGACCAGUCCGGACUAAGACCGCCGAAUUCGCAGACGACUGCGUGAAGGCCUCCGAGAAAUAUUCAGAUUUCGGAGGUACCACAUGGGUUGAAUUCAUCCGGAAAAUGUCCGAGGAGCCUGUUUCUGCCUAUCUGCCCCCAAAUAAAGAGACUCAGAUCUGAUAUUCCACUAGAAUCCCGGGGAACGUUUUUUGAAGGACUUGUCGGAUGUUUUAUCCGACAAGUCCUGUUUCAUCCGACAGUUAACAGUGAUUCUUAGCCAAUCAGAUCAGGGAAGCAUUUCAUGAAAGGACUUGUCAGACGUUUUAUCCGACAGUUACCUUAGUAACAGUGCUUCUAAGCCAAUCAGAAACAAGGAAAAUUGUCAAAAAUCUGACAACUUGUCGGACAAAAAUGUUGAUGAAAAGCUCCGCUGAGAAGGCCUAUCACUUACUGUCGUCGAUAUGGUGUGGGGAAAGAAAUGCGUACGUAUAUUUCUGAA